CUUAUUGUUGGUUAUUUCAGCAAUACAUAUAGACGGUUUGUUUUCUUUUUCCACUUUCUUCCAGACUCUCCCAUAAAAAUUGAUGCACACACAUCUCCUAGGACAAGUAUCUUUAAACUGAACGCGAACCUACUGAAUGUUGAACGUUACAUUCCACCUCCAUGACUGAUGACGAUAUGUAUUAAUUAAUUAGUUAUGACAAGGUGUCAAUCUGUCUGUCUAAGUUUAAAAAUCUAUGGUUAAACAUUUUCAAUAAGUUGUGAAAUAAAAACUCUGGCGCGGAGUACCAAUAUUCUGACUUUCGAUCUCUUAUCUGUUUGUUGUUAACGUCACUUCAGCACGAUGAAUUACUAUAAAGCCUCAAUGGAAUCAUUAAUGCAGAAAAUUGAAAAUUACAUGAGAAGUAGUUCUCGCCAAAUGGUUUACCCAUGGACAUUCACUGCUAAGAUUCGCCAGUUUCCAUAUGUUGAUGUUUAUAAAAAUAGGCCAUAUUUGAAGUUUUACAUUGUUGGCCUCUUUAUUUGCGUCCCACCUACCAUUUAUGGUUUUUAUAAAGGACAUGAGAUGAAGAAAGCCAGGAAGUUUGUUAACUACUUCGACCCUCAUGACAUACCCGGUAAAGAGCUUGCCUCUCAUUACAAUCAUCUUUAUCAUCAUGAGAAACAUUAAUUUGUAAAUUAGUACCCUUUAGUUUUAAACAUCACUUAUAAUGGGAAUAAAAAGCUAGUGCUAUCUAUUAUUUUCUUGCUAUACCUGCUUGCUCAUUAUUCUGAACUGCGAAUCCACUCCAUAUUAUUAUCUUCUGGGCGGUCAUAGUAGGAUGAAAAGAGAAUGGCUUAGUCAAGUACAAAUAGAUGAUUGCUACAUAUCGGAGCAAUUUAUUUGGUUGGGUCAUUCAUGUUUCUACCCAAGGUAGUGAUCAUUAUCUUGAUAAUACUACAUUUAUUGGAAAUGUGGUCUGGCUUUUUGAAACGUGGAGGCACAAGGUCCAUAAGAUUUUUUCCGACCUAAAGGACUAGCUUAGGGAUGC